GGUUCGUUACGAAUUGUCUGCCCAGAUGUAACGCGCAGACUUUGGCGCAAAAAUAUGUAGCAUGCUAACCGGCUUUUAGGAAAAGGUUAUAUAUUGACAAAAAUUGUGAUGUUUCACCAUUUUAUAGGGUCCUCUUUUUUUGUACAAUUUAAUCAUGCACCUAUGUCUAAAUCACAUUACAAUGAAUCACGCGUCACUGACGGACGGACAGUUCAGCUGCGUAAUUAUUUAUAGUGCAGUGAAUUAUCUGCGGUUCCCAAGGAAACGUUUGUUGUUGGUGUUUUAAUCUUUGCGUCCAUGUCACAGUAUUUUCGUCUGCCGUAAACAAACAUGGCUUAUUCUGUUAACAUAUCUGUUGAGGCUCCUAUUGAAAAUCAGAUACAGGAAAUAUCAUAUGAUGGACAGGAAAUAUAUCAGAGCCCCCUCUCUAUGUCAGAGAACCUUGCGAAAUUGGCUCAGAAAAUUGAUUUUAGUAAAACUGCUGUGGAUGACUUGAAGAAAGAUAAUGGAGAAAACUUGGACAAAAGCGACGACGAGUCGUCUGCGAAAGAUCCAGUCAACUACCAGUCUUCUUUGUGGCCAUGGGACUCUGUUAGGAACAAAUUAAGGAAUGCCUUAACAGAAGUCUGUGUUUUGCAUGAUGUAUUGGUCAUUGCUAAAGAAAAACGUUAUAUGGUUCUUGACCCAGUUCCACAAGAAAACAUAGAGACAAAGGCAAUGGUGCAAGUGUAUGCAAGAAAAAAGGCCUUAGCAGCAGCAGCAUCAGUUCUUUUAACUGGUGCCGAAAGACUGAGAACUUCACAGAGCGAACUGGUGCGAAAUAGAAAUGUUCCUGAUUUUCACAUAGAGCUUCUAAGACUGAGACAGAACUGGCGGCUGAAAAAAGUAUCAAAUUCUAUAAUUGGAGACUUGAGCUAUAGAACAGCUGGUUCCAAAUAUGCACAAACGGGGAUGUUUGAAGUAACAAAAGCAGAAGAAGAACCACAGCAAGGAACAAGUCCUCCAUCAUCCCCAGGAACAGGGCCCUUACCAAAGCCAAGUUCAGCACUGCGUGUCACAGUACCUAGUGAGCUUCAAGGUGUCGCAUAUAUUGAAGUACUGUGUCAGAAAGAUCAAGAAGACUUGUGCAGUGCUACAAUUAACCUACUUGGGUCAGGACCUACAAGUACAAAUGCUGAUGUCCACUGGCAACAAAAGCUAGAAGCAGCACAGAAUGUCUUGUUUUGCAAAGAGCUCUUUAAUCAGCUAGCAAAGGAAGCUGUGCAGCUUCAAGCACCAAUCCCACAUAUGGUUGUUGGAAACCAAAUUAUGGCUAACGUGCUACCAGGUAUUCAGCUGAUUAUUGGCCUGUGCCAUAACACAGGAACAGACAAAAAACCUGCUGCUGCUCCACCACAAAAGUCAGAACAUGAUCAUGUGUUGGAGCAUUCCUUACAUCAGUUGUUGCGUGAAGUUCACCAUCGUAACACCCACCACCCAUUUCCACAUCCAGCAUCUGGCCCUCUCGGACCCAGCAAACGGAGAGCUCUUGCUGGUCCAACUGCUGCAGAUCGUCAUGAGCUGCAGGAGAUGGCAAAAUCGCAGACUCUUUUGGAGCAAAUAAUUCAGCAAGCUCAACACUUCUUCAUGCGUCUGCGGACAGAAUAUGUAUUGGAUACUAUUGCAAAAGAAGUGAAGGAUCCACUCAUUAUAUCACACUGGAAUGCUUUAAAUUCCCCGACUCAGUCAUGUGUAAAAAUAAACAUUAUGACUCAUGGGUAUGACGCAGUGUGCCGGACUUCUCUCAUUGUGCAUGUGGGAGAGAAGUCUCUCAAAUGUGUCUGUCGUGAUGGUCGAGUAAUGCACAUGUCGUAUGAGCCCCAGGAGUUACGUGACCUUAUUUUCUGUCAGAUUUAUCAGCAUCAGAUAGCUGCAGUGCAGAGCCUGGCGAAGCGCAUGGGCUGGCAAUUCUUAUCUAAUAGCUCACACCUCGGACUUGGUGCCGUGGAGCCUCUAGGAAAUGCUAGUAGCUGCAUUCUCGCCUCCCCAAUUGGAGACAGGAUGAUUGCUGUAAGAUGUGAGCCACAGACAGGAGUUCAGGUUUCUAUUGCACAGUCACCAAGGAAAGAUUUCUUCCCUGGUCAGUUGGUGAAAGAGCGGAAGUGGGAGAACUUGGGAGGUAGCUUCAAAGAAGUACGAUGGGACAAGAUGGAAGGAAAGAACUUCCUUAACAAAAUGGAGCUCCUCAUGGCCAGUCUUACAAGUUCCUAGGUCCUACCAAUGUGUUUUACUGACAUUUCUGUUAUGCACCCUGAUCCUGCUGAACACAAACAUUUGUACUUCUUUUGAUGUUCAGCUUUUGAUCUGUGAGGAUUCAGUGAAACAAAAGAAAGGACUCUUCUUGAAAUGACUUUUUAUGGAUUAAUUUUUAACUCAGUCUUCUUUUGGAAAAAUAGAAGACUUUAAGAGUGUGUAAAAUGAGAGAUUUCAAUUGAUUUUAUCAACGUCAGAAAUGCUAGGUAUCACUAAGUUAUUGUACACAAGACAUUCCAUACUCUAUGCAGUUUUUGGGAAUUGUAUAAGAUGUUUCUACUAGUGCUGUCUCCUUGUCAAAACUAUUAUUUACAUUUUUGGAGUUUCUGAGUUCCUUUUCAGAUAUACACAUAUUUGUUCAGUGUUCAUUUGUAUAUUUUGGCAUAAACUAACUUUGUAAGAGUGAAUUUCUUAUGGUUAUUAAGUAAAGAGUAAUCAGUGUAGUAGUCUUGUCUUGCAAUUUAUCACAAUUUGAAAUCUGAUAUGUAGAGUGUAAAAUGAUGAAAAGGUUUUUCAAUGGAGAACAAGAGGUUAACUUUGCUGUCCUGUUUUUGUGUACUCAAACAUUUAAGGUUUGUGUUGAUUGAUUGAGUAUUGGUAACAGCAAUGCAAUUCAAGGUAUACAGAAUGCUUACUAUUUGUGAUGUUACUGAGAAAUUAGGUACAGUAUGAAAUUGUGAUAAAUCAACACUGAAGUUGUAAGAAUUAAACAUGAUUAGCACGAUGUGUCAGAAACAGAGGGGACAAAUGAGCAGAAAAAAACUUUUCAGGUGAUGUUUGUGGUGUCAUUAUGCCAUUGCUUUAAAAUUUGGUUGACUAAACCACUGUUAUUUCCAAUCAUUGCUCUUGGAAGUCAUUACAAGCAGUAUUUAAAAGAUCUUAAGUGAUUGGAACCAUUUUUUUCUUUCAUGUUUCUGGUUGCUUACAGUAUUCAGACCCUCACUUAACAGGACACAGGUGAAGAUAAGACUGAUAUAGACGAAUUGCAGUUUAAAAAUAAAGAACCAUAUCACCUGAGCUGUGGGCUAUCAUCCAAUAAUUUACAAGAAAUUGUGAAAUUAUGUUGACCAAUAGUCUCACUGCACAAGAGCUACAAGAUGGAGACGUUUAUGGUAACACAUUUUGUCAUCACAACCAGAUACUGAUGAUCAGUAUUGCUUCUGGAUAUGACAAAUGAAAGGGGGAAGAAGCAGAUUUUUGUACUGCACUGUGGUAUUUGUUUUGAACAGCUAAAUAAUUUUUUUUGUAUUGCUUAGAGUGUAAAUGACUUGGUAAGUAGGCUCACUGCAGUAUAACUCAAAUAAUGAGCAUUGAAUGCAGUUGCUGUUCAGUGAUAUACCUAUUUUGUGAGGUGAUGCAGUUUACACAAAAAAAAAUUAUGUUUCAUGCAAUGUGAUUGUUUGUUUGUAUAUACUAAAGAUAUUUAGCCAUUUGAGUUGUAAACAGUAACAUUAUAUUUUCUCGAUUGAAUUUUCCUUUGUUAAAUUAUGUACUGAACAUAUGAAAUUGUUUUCAUUUUAUUCUGUAAAAUCUAUAGAUAAGAUGUGCAUUUAUCUUACAUUUGUGGAUAAUUUAUAAGAAUGAAAAGUACAAUUGCAUUUGAAUUGACUGUCUGAGUGAUAUGCCAAUGAAAAUUGUGGCACAGAUAUGUAACAUUUUAACAUAGAGAGAAACUGAGUUUAAAUGACGUGCAGCAGGGAAUAUGUAUAGUAAAAAUAAGCUGGGUGGGAUGAAGAAAAAUGAGAAUUUAGACUGUACUGUUCAUUAUGUUUUAUUCACAUAGCUUAAACUGUUGUUAUUGAUCACUUAUUGCUGUUUGUGCUGUUUAAGGUGGUCUAAUUGUAGAGAGAUGGUAAAUGUCUAACACACAGUGCAACUUUGGUGUAAUCUAGAACUGUGCACUAUUUAUAAAACUAUUAAUUGCAAAAGAAUUUUGUUUAACAUGAUGAACCAUCCGUUUGCAUUUUUUGCUGUUUUUUUUUUUUUUUUUUU